AUGGUGAGAAGUGGCAGCAGAGAAAUGGCAGUAGCAGAACCAGGAAACCUGGUCCACAGAGCAAGGCAGUUACAGUGGCUCUCUCUUAAAAGGCCAUCAACACUGGGUAGAAGAACAAAUUCACUGAGACCAUGGAUGAUUGCCCUUAUUAUCACAGCUGUUGUGUUGGUUCUGGCAAUAAUCAUAGCUCUCCUUGUUUAUUUUUUGGCAUAUGAUCAGAAGACUCACUAUUACCAGGCUUCUUUCCGGAUCCCCAGUAUUGAAUACAAUCCCGAUUUUUCAGUAGAACACUCAAAAAGUGGGGCUGACCUGAAACAAAAAAUCAAUAGUGAGAUGGAUAAGAUAUUUCAAAGAUCCCCUUUAAAUUAUCUCUACAUCAAGUCUCAUGUUGUCAACCUUAGGUCAAGUAAUGAUGGUUUGAAAACGGAUGUAUUGCUUAAAUUUCAGUUUACCUCUAACAAUGCAGGCACAAUAAAGAGGCAAGCUGAUGACAUUUUGCAUCAGAAGUUGAAAUCAGAUGGAAGCUUCUUGAAGAUAGAUACUUCAUUACCUUAUCUGAGAGAUGUGAACGACGUACAAGCAGAGCACAUUCUGAACAGCUGUUGUGGUGUAGGGAGGCAGUCGCCAUCCUCUUCCAUGGAAAGAAUUGCUGGUGGUGUUGUGGCUAGGAAAGCUGCUUGGCCAUGGCAAGCCAGCCUGCAAAUAGGUGGUAUCCAUUUCUGUGGAGCAUCUUUGAUCGGCAAGGAGUGGCUCUUGACUGCCGCUCACUGCUUUGACAAUUACAAAAACCCAAAACUCUGGAUGGUUAGUUUUGGAACAACCAUAAGCCCUCCACUGAUGAGAAGGAAUGUCCAGUCAAUUAUCAUUCACGAAAACUAUGCUGCCCAUGAGCAUGAAGAUGACAUCGCUGUGGUGAAGCUUGCCACCCCCGUCACAUUUUCUGAUGACGUGCAUAGAGUCUGUCUUCCGGAUGCUACUUUUGAAGUCUUGCCUGAGAGUAAAGUGUUUGUCACUGGAUGGGGAGCCUUGGGAAAAAAUGAUCUCUUUCCAAACACUCUGAGAGAAGUUCAAGUAGAGAUUAUAAGCAAUGACGUAUGCAAUCAGGUUCAGGUAUAUGGUGGUGCCGUAUCAUCAGGAAUGAUAUGUGCUGGAUUCUUGGAAGGAAAAAAAGAUGCCUGUGAGGGUGAUUCCGGAGGACCACUGGUUAUUGCGCGUGAUAGAAACAUCUGGUAUCUUAUUGGAAUAGUAAGCUGGGGGAUAGACUGUGGGAAAAAAAACAAACCUGGACUUUACACCAAAGUAACUCGUUACCGGGACUGGAUUAAAUCUAAAACAAACAUCUAAUGCAACAGUCACGUGUGCUUCUGGGUUAUGUGUGGAUGUCUAGAAAAUUGUGUUGCCAUGUGUACCGUUACCAUGAAAUUCAAGAUGCAAAUAUGCGUAAACUGCCAACUCUUCCCUUAAACAUGAUGAAGGCAGGCUUUCGUUCACAUCGUCUGAAGCAUUUUGCUUGCUAUAAGCAAAGAAGGUACUGUCAACUCCACGAAGAUCUGCCUUUGCCACUGUUUCCAGUUACUUCCUUGCUCAUCUUUGUGUCUCUACUGUGCACUACUCAUUUUAGAAUAAUCCAGCAGUUUAAUCAGAUAAGUACCAACUGGUUAAG